AUGUGGACGUUCGCGGGAGUGCUCGCCCUCCUCGCGUGCGCGGGCGCUGUUACGCGGGACCAAUUCUACCCCCACGGGCAUGGGCUCGACAAGAACUUGCCUAAAGGAAAUGAAAUACCUUCGCCUGAGGUGGCACUCAAAGUACCCAUCACGUUCUAUGGAGAAAGUUAUGAGAGUAUUUUCAUCAACAAUUUUGGUGUACUCACAUUCCGGGCCGACAUAUCAUCAUUUUUGAACAUCGAAUUCCCUCUGCCAUAUGCGUCUAUAGCCGCAUUCUAUACCAAUGUAGACACAACGGCCGAAGGCGCAGUCUAUUACAGAGAGACUGACGAACCACAUGUACUAUCCAAAGCAGAAGAGAGCGUCCAGGAUAACUUUAGGGACUACUACGAUUUCAAGCCCACUAGUGUGUUCAUCACCACCUGGCUCGACGUCACUUACACCUCAAAUGUGUCACAAUACACACCAAAAAACAGUUUCCAAAUUGCCAUCAUCAGUAACGGAACAGAGAGUUUCGUUGAAUUUUUGUAUCCCGAAAAAGAAAUCCAAUGGUUUCAGAAGGAAUCUCAGAUAAUAAGCCUACCGGACGCUAAGGCCCAGGCUGGUUUUAUCUCAGAGGACGGACGUAUAUACUCGCUGCGAGGAUCCGGUAGUCAUCAAAUCAGAAACAUUGUCCUAUGGUCUAAUACACGUACUCCUGGAAAAUAUGUCUUCCGCAUUGGACAAAUACCCUCAGACGGCAACGUCGUUACACCUGAUCAGUAUAAUCAAAACGAAGUUGAAAUCGAAGAGGAAUCUAAGACUUGCGCGCAGAGUGGACCUAGUGUUUGCCACAUGGAAGCUAGGUGUGUAGACUACUCUGAUGGAAUCUGUUGCCAAUGUAAAGAUGGAUUCUACGGUAACGGUAAAUCGUGUAUUAAGGAUGAUGUUCCACUACGAGUUCACGGCAAAAUAAACGGAGUACUGAAUGAUGUCAAUCUUAAUGAUGUCGAUAUACAGUCGUAUGUAGUCGUUGGUGAAGGAAGAGCGUACACAGCUUUGUCUCUCGUACCGGGUGGACUGGGAAGUAGUUUGCAACUUCUCAAUGUACUCGGUGGUGUAGUCGGCUGGCUGUUUGCUAAGCCAUCAGUUUAUGCUAAGAAUGGUUAUCAAUUUACUGGAGCUCUAUUCAAUCAUACCGCAGAUGUUUGGUUUCCAGACUCUGGCGCCAGAGUUGUAAUCAAUCAAGAAUACCUGGGACACGAUGUAUUUGAUCAAAUCACGCUAGAAUCAGAUAUCAGAGGCAACUUACCAGUGAUUCUAACUGGUACCAAACUAGAGAUAGUGGAUUAUGAAGAGCAAUAUACUAUAGUGAAACCGGGUGUUAUACGUUCAGACUCAAGUAGAACAUAUACCAACAAGAUUACUGGUGAGAAAAUCGAACAAAGAGUUUCUCAAACAAUUACUUAUAGCGCUUGUCAUUUUGCACCCCCCACAGAUGAAGAUAAAAAACCCUUGACUUUGAAAAUUAGCAAGAACUAUUUAGGCUAUGAAAACAAAGAAAAUAUCGUUAGAUAUGGAUCGACCAAUAGAAUAUUUCCUCUAGGCCAGGAAGAUCCAUGUAUCAAAGGCCGAAGUAGUUGCGGUCCACAUAGCACAUGUGUAGCUCAAGUAGACUCAUUUACCUGUGUCUGUCAGUCUGGUUUUGCAACUAUCUAUCAGAACAAAGAAGUAGUUUGUAUUGAUAUAAACGAAUGUGAGGCUGGUACACACAACUGUGACAGUAACGCUGACUGCUACAACCAUGCUGGUGGUUUCCAAUGCAGGUGUCGCCCUGGUUUUAAUGGAAAUGGGUUUACUUGCAAUCCCUUAUCCGGCUGUUACAAUAAAAGAUGCGAUGCCAACGCACACUGCAUACAGCAUCCUGGACAGGAUGCUACAUGUGCAUGUAAUCCUGGAUUCUAUGGAGAUGGGAAACUGUGUUAUAAUGACAUUAGCCAUGGAGAUGUAUCACAAGUGUCUAAUGAAGCAGACUAUAAUGAAAGUUUUGUUCUACCAACCUGUGAUGCGUACACCUGUGUAUGUCCACCAUCGUACUCAGAAUAUAGAGAUGAUCUCAACAACCAACUCUGUCGUCUUGAAAAUAAUCGUGCUCCUCCCCAGACUGCUAGAAACGAAUACCAGAGUCCCACAGAAACGAGUUAUAACUAUCAGCAGCAUGCAGAGGCACCAACAACGGCAUAUUACCAGCCGCAAACUGAGCGUCCUUAUCAAUACCCCCAUCCACCGAAUACUGAACAACAAUCUGAAACAAAUACUGAGCCUCCCUAUCAGCCGAAUUUUGACGAUUCUUACCGUAUUGUGCUGCCAACCUGUGACGCGUACACUUGUGUAUGUCCACCUGGAUACUCUGAAUAUAUCGAUGAAAAUAACAACCAACUCUGUCGUCUUUAUAACAAUGAAGCUCCACCUCAAGAACUUUCUGGAAAUGAAUAUGAGAACCCUACGGACUCUACUUACCAGCAGCAUACAGAAGAACCGGAGACACAAUACUUUCCAUCACAACCUGAAGGUCCCUAUCAAACAUACAGUGAUCGUCCUUAUCAACCCAAUACCGAUCGUACUGAUCAGCCAAAUGUAGAUCCCACACACCCAUCUUCAACACCAUCUUUCCAAGCACCUUGGGAUAGUAAUUACCAACCAGGGCAAACUAACUCACAACAACAUAAUCAAGGUCAAAAUUUUAAUAAUAACUACCAACAAAAUAAUUAUGAUCAGAAUUCAAAUAAUAAUUACAAUCCCAGUUACUAUUAUCAAUCACCACAAAAUAGACCUUCGGAAAAUAGUUACGAUCGAUCAUCAGAAAAUAACUAUUAUCAAACGUCUGAUCGAAAUUACGACAUCUCUACAUCUACAAGCAACCAACCAGCGCACCAACAACCAUCUUCUGAAAAUGAAUACCAUCAAUCUGUCGGUGCAGGAGCUACUGAGGAUACUUUGAUACCGUGUGAAGAUGAUGCGGAGUGUCCUCCGAAUGCCGUCUGCUUUUCGCCAGAUGGUCAUAAUAAACACUGCGUCUGUCCUGAAGGCUAUGAAGGCGACGCAUUCGAAUGUAUCGAGCGUAGUGGACCCAAUUGUGCAUGCGGUCGCGGAGCUCAUUGCGUCAACACUCGCACCGACGAGUACAUCUGUGAAUGUGAUCCAGGCUAUCACGGUGACGGUUAUGACUGUCGACCAAACUCAAGUUGCCGUAACAAUUCCGAUUGCGAGUUCAACGCGGAAUGCCGACCAGAUUAUAAGACCAAUGAAUAUAUUUGUAAAUGCCUUAAAGGAUACAUUAAGGACCAGAACGACGCGUGUAUCCCUGAUGAUGAGCUUUGCAAUGGAGCCUGGUGCGCAGAACACGCGUCGUGCCUAUUCGAUGAAGAGUUGAGUCUACACUACUGUUACUGUGACGAAGGUUAUACUGGAGACGCUAUUUCACAAUGUGUACUCGCUGACCAAACGUGCGAUAUUGCCGAUGACUGUAGCCCUGAUGCUGUUUGCACGGCUGUCGAUGGUUCUUACCAAUGCGUUUGUAAAGAUGGAUACAAUGGAGACGGUUAUAAAUGCACACCAGAAGCGACUUGCCGAUUUAACCCGAACUUGUGCGAUUUACAUGCCUCUUGUUUAAAAAAAAAUGAUGCUUACGAUUGCGAAUGCAACACUGGAUAUCUAGGUAACGGAAGUCAUUGCGAAUACGAUGCCCGCCGAGCUGCCAACUUCUUAGUGGCCAGUGAUGGUACGUCUGUGUACAGAGUUCCUUUCAAAAUAACACGGAGAGACUUUGCAGCACCAUUUAAUAGCGGCCAAUCACAAGUAGCAGUAGACAUUGACGUGGAUUGCGAGAGCGGCAUUGUAUACUGGGGCGAUGUCGUUAGUUUAGCUAUAAAGUCUUCACGAUACGAUGGAAGUGGAUUUAAUAUUUUCUUAACAAACGGAAUAAAAUCACCGGAAGGUAUCGCAAUCGACUGGUCAGCAAGGAACAUUUUCUGGACGGACUCGAAAAAAUUGACAAUUGAAGUCGCAAAUCUGGAGACCAAAGUCAGGAAGGUGUUAUUCGCAAUUGAUAAAAUAUCCAACCCACGCGGCAUUGCUGUACAUCCUCAGAGAGGCAAAAUCUUCUGGUCGGAUUGGAAACGAAACGACCCAAAGAUCGAAUGGGCUAGCAUGGACGGUUCUCAAAGGGGCAUAUUCUUGGACAAGAAUGAUGUGGCAGUGCCAAACGCACUCGCCAUCGAUUGGGUUCGGGACCGGCUUUGUUAUGCUGACGCCGGCCUUUUGAGCAUAGUAUGUGUGUCCAUAGACACUAGAGAGAAAACUAUCAUUGCCAGCAACUGUUCAUAUCCCUUCGGUUUGGCAAUACAUGGCAAUAGAUUUUACUGGACUGAUUGGAAAACAUUGAAAAUCGAGUACAUUGACAUUGCAACCCAAGAACGCGGACUGAUGCCUAUAGCAACAGCAUCAAGGCGUUUAUAUGGUGUUGCAGUUGCUCCUGAUCACUGUCCACAAGUUCACAGCCUCUGCAUGUACAGAAACGGAGGUUGUGAACCUCAUCAGUUGUGUUUGCCAGAUGGGAACAAUGGCAGGAGAUGUAUAAAUGGUGACACGACAUUCACAAGGCGUUAA